UUGUCGGUCCAAUCAAAAUGGACGAAUCCAGUUUGCGCGUUCUCUGUUAGCGCGGGGAGGACAGCAGUGUAUUGUAGCGCAGCACGGUGCGCUUGGCUUGUGUAUUCAACCACAUUACCGGGAGAAUCUACAAUUUCCACUGAAAAUGUCAGAAGAGAAGCCUAAGGAGGGUGUAAAGACUGAAAAUGACCACAUCAACUUAAAAGUGGCGGGCCAAGAUGGCUCUGUGGUCCAGUUCAAAAUCAAGAGGCACACCCCCCUCAGCAAACUGAUGAAGGCCUACUGCGAAAGACAGGGUUUAUCCAUUAGGCAAAUAAGAUUCAGGUUUGAUGGACAGCCAAUCAAUGAGACGGACACACCUGCACAGUUGGAAAUGGAGGAUGAAGACACUAUUGAUGUAUUCCAACAGCAGACUGGAGGGUCCUGCUAAAGAUUGCACGUGUGGACCGCUUGUUUGCUUGUGCACAUCUUCCCAUCAGUUCCAGUGCAGUUCAGGGGUGAAAUAGAAAAGCAUUUGUAAAUCUAAUAUUAAGUUAAUGAAUUUUUUUUCCCUCUAUCUCAAACAUCCAAGGACCUCAUUUCCAUUUUGCAGUGUUUUUCCCUGAACUGAACUGGACAUGACAAUUGUUAAUGUUAUUUUUUUCAUUUUGGAAUUUAACAUGCCUGUUGUAUGUUUUUGUUUUAUCUACUUAUGCUUGCACCUCCCCCAUCUAUUUUUCUAUACCAGGAGGGAAGUUUUGUGAAAGAAUGGAUGUAUGUGACUACUUGGGCAUAUGAUUCCAAAAAUUGAGUAAACCGAAAUUUAAGUAUCCCUUUUAAUGGUCCGUUUCAAAUCUCAACACUGCCGCAUUGUGUUAGUCACAUGCCUCAGGUUUGAUAAAGGUAGAUUGUGGAUCAUAUGCUGUAGAUGUUUUUAAUUUCUCUGAAGCUUUGAUGCAGAUAUCUUUAAAGUUUUUCAAUUAUUUGUUUUGAAGUCUGAAUCUCAGAACGAUAUACACAAGUGUUUCCCUUAAUUUUAUUGAUGGAUAUUUUGCCUUCUGCAAAUGUAACCUCACUCUCUCACUCUCAUGUACCUUUUCCAGCUUAUCAAGAGUGUUAAACACUAUAUUGGUGUAAUCUUAAUGCGAUUCCACAUUAAACGCAUGCCUAAGCAAUGUGUAGGUUCUGUUGCGAUUUGUGGAAUGUCAGGGUUGUAGAGGGAGAGUUUCCUUUCUCUUACCAUCUCCCAUUUGUACAUUGUUUGCCCUUUACUAUUGUAUAUAAUAAAUAUAGUUUGAUACUCCA